UGCCUGAAAGCCUGAACUCAGGGCUAAAAAUAAUUUUCCCGUAUCUACAUUGGUCCAACACAUUUACCAUGACAUUCCUGGAGGGAGCUGUGUUUGUGUUUUUACUUAUAAUUCUGUUAUGUAUUAUCCGGUUAUAUAUAAUUGUGAAGACUGGAUCAAAGUAUAAACUUGGAACCAAAGGUCCAAUUGCUGUUCUCGUCGUUGCAGGAUCGGGUGGUCACACCACAGAGAUCCUGCGGCUGAUGGAGUGCCUGUCUGCAGCAUACAAACCUCGACACUAUGUUAUUGCUGACACUGACAGGAUGAGUGAGGAGAAAAUCUGCACUUUUGAAAGCUCUAAACAACACUCAGACUCUGAGUCACAGUUCACCAUCUGUCGAAUCCCACGGAGCCGGGAAGUGCAUCAGUCUUGGAGUUCCUCUGUUGUCAGCAGCCUGAAUGCCCUGCGAUAUUCCCUCCCUCUGGUGUUCAGACUCAGACCUGACAUGGUGCUGUGUAAUGGCCCAGGGACGUGCGUUCCUGUGUGUGUGGCAGGACUCCUGCUUGGAAUUCUGGGAAUGAAGAAAGUCCUGAUAGUUUAUGUUGAAAGUAUUUGCCGGGUGCAUACACUGUCGCUCACAGGGAAGAUCCUGUACCCAAUAUCACACUUUUUCUUUGUGCAGUGGUCCUCUCUGAGGAACAAAUACCCCAAAUCCAUUUUCCUUGGAAGAAUAGUGUGAAAACAUCUGUUACACAUGAGCACAUAGUAUACACAAAUACGUAAUUAAAUAUAUUGUAAUGUUUGCUGAAUAAACAUGAAUAACUAUAAUAAAUAUUUUUUGCCGUGUAUAGAUGGAUGUUACAUUUACUACAGAGUGCAAGGUUUAACACCACAGUAUACUUGAUGUUACAUAGAAAAACAUUACCUUUCUUAAUUAAAAAAACAAAAGAUCUAUAAUUACCAUCAUAAAAAGGGUAGAGGAUACCAUAUUUGCAAGUUUCUCUCUGCUGCUGGACGAAUAAGGAAGGAAAAGUUGAUGAAAAUAAAAUUGCAGUGUACACUACUCACCUCCAGUUUACUCUGUCAAAGUAGUCUAUGACUGUGCAUCUAAAAAGCAUUUAAAAAUGGUACCACAAAAAGACACAUUUUUAAAAGCUUUAAUCAAAAAAUAUUUUAGAAUACUAUUCAAUUUUGGUACUUUUGUAUCCCCAUUAGCAGUGACACAGGGAUACUGUAAGGACAGGCCAUCUCUUUGUGAUGUGGAAGCAGUGCAUGGCAAGUAAUAUCUCCUCCCAUAUCACCUUCUGCCUUCCCGUGCACCCUUCUGUGCCAGGUGCACACAGAUCACUAUUUUUUCCACCUAUAAUGUCUAUAUACAACACUGAUAGAGUGACCCAUUUACCAGUGACAAUUACUCUUCUGUUGAGUGUUUAAUAUUUUUUUUUUCAUAGGAGGGACAUGCCUCUGGUUGCAGGAAUUGAGCUAUACCAAUCUUCCAUUCUUUCUGCACACUCAUGUGACCCCUUCACUGAAAGCAGGGAGAGUGUUGCCUGAGUUGUGACUUCCUUUGCUAGCGCCCUCAUUAACAGCAUUCUGCAUCAUGCCUCACUCUGCCUCGCUCACCACUAUUAGACGUGGAUUCUUGGCUAGACAGGUUUUUGAGGAGGGGGCAAGUUAUUCCUCAGCGAACCUUCUCCAUUCUGGGGCAUCUUAAACCCUUCUCCAGCUCCAGCAGGACGAUGGUACCGGAAGAGCAAAUGAACGGUUAUCUUUGUUCUCUUAUGUCCUUGUUCACUAUGCUUGCUUUAUGGACAGAGAUGGGAUGCUUUGUGCGCUCAGCAUAAUACAUGUGGCCAGUCAUCUCAUUACAUCAACCCUCUCAGUCACUACAGUACGCAAAGUUCUGCUCUAUUUUCCCCUCAGUUACCAGCAAGCUUUUGCAGUGGUCUAUCUGGGGGCAGGGGUGCAAGGCCCCCUAGCCUCCACAGGAAGGCUGACAGGCAUUUUUUUGUUCCUCAAGAGCCUUCUUGGAUAUCCUGAAGUGGGAGCAGGUUGCAGGUCCCUGGUGGAAGGCUCGGGAACCAGCGGACCCCCUCCCGGAAAUAGUUGCAUCAGUCUGAUCAUGUUUUUGGUCUGCCUAUAGCUGACCUGUUCAGAAACAGGUCACACUCAGUGUCCUCUCUGGUUAUCCCAGUGAGCUAGUGACCACCCUCCUUGGGGAGUUGAUUUGCCCACCUGGCGUGGCUCCACAGUGUGCUUAACACUUUUUCUUCCCUGUGGCUGAUGAUGCCGUUGCUCCACAGGUUCAGGACACAGUGCCUCUCCCUCAUAGUAUUGGCACCAUAGUUCCUGGGCACUAGAUUAUUCAGAGACCGGAUUUGGAUGAUGUUGGUGUGUUUGUGGUCCAUCUUGGACUUGUCCACAGUGCUAGCUCAAGCGGGGGGUACCACAUCCUCUCACCCCAUUGUAGGACAGCACCUCAUAGUUUGGUGGCUGUGAGUAACAAGUUGAGUACCUUGUCCCAGUCACCAUUGUUUCCACAAGUCAAAAUGCACGGGCCGAGGGCAUAGGGCAGGCAUUGGUGUGUGUUUGCAUGCGUGCCUACUGCAAGGUAUACUUACUUUUCUGCAGGGGCUGACUGACUAUGUCACACCUAGGUCACACUAGGUCUACCCUGGGUCCGUCUGAGACCCCACCUGUUGCCUCUUUCCACAGUGGGAUCUCUGGGUGGUUCUGGAUGGUCUCUCAGGCCCACCUUUUGAUCCCUUAAAGCAGGCAAGCCUGGGUGUGCUUUGCUGUUUAGUAGACUAUACUGCAAGCCUCAGGAGUCUGACUGACUCUUUGUCUGCCACAGACCAAAAGCCCAUGCCGCGACUGGAUCACUGGAUUACAAUGCAAUCCGCGGGCAGUACGAGGCGAGGUGACGCACCCCCCGCAUCCACUUUUGUGUGGUCAUAUCUCAGGAGGAUGUUUGACUCUGAGUCUCACUUGCUCCAGAGGCUCCAGCUGGAUCAGGCUGACACCUCUUUGUCCUUUUCAGCUCCUGGCCUAGGUUGUGGGACCCCUAGGUGGGUGGUGCUCAAUUACCUGACCAUCCAUUUUUUUUCUCUCGCCAGUCAGCAGUUGGUUCUGGAUUGGUUGUGUCUACAUUCUGGGCCGGCUGAGAGUAAAACGCAUCCCUAAUGGCCUUAGGGAUGUGUACCAAUAGCGAAGGUAGGUAGUACCGGGAGUUACAUCUAGGUAAGUAGUACCUGGAUGUAACUCCAGUUCUAUGAAUACGUGUGUACCCUUCUAACUAUAGGUCCAGUUGCUGAGGGAGAUGUGCAGCAGGUGCACUUCGGUUUUAUAGUAGGUAGAUGCUACCUCCUGGCUGGGUGGUGAGUGGAAAGAUAGUGAAGCCCAUGAGAGCGCUACGCACAUACUCAUAGAACGAGUUACAUCUAGGUAACUACUACUUCACACGAAAUGAAUCCAGAGGUUUUUGGUGACCUCCUGACUUUUAGUGAUGGCACCCAGUUUAUUCCAAGUAAGCUGGUCAACGGAUGCAUACAUUGAAAAGUUUUUUAGGCUUUAGCAUUUUUAGAGUGUGUCCAUUUCUGGCUGGUUUGACUACACAGGAUGUAUUGAGUGUAGGUCAUCAGUUUUUUUUUGCAGAAUGUGAUGUCAAGGCUCUGAUGAGAGCGAAAAAUAAAUAAAUAAAUAAAUAUUGAUCAGUGAUUACAAACUAUAGUGUAUUAAAUUCAAUAGAGCGAUUCUACAGUGUGUAGUCUAGAAGUGUGAUAAUAUGGUGGUGAAACACAAUGGAAUAUUAACUUCUCUAUCUCCAAACACAGUGGAUCAGUGUUUAUAUUGAGCAGCUGAGCACAUCUACUUGGUCAGAGUUAAGCAAAGUUGAACUCUGACCUACGAAUCAUAGACAUCAUACAGAAACAGGAAAGGUAUGCUUGAAAGUGUCUGUCUUUCGUGCUUCAAUAGCAGUGCAUGGGAAAGAAUGGAAGUGUAAUGUUACCAUACCUUGCGUGUAACUAGAGUGAUUGUUUAUUGGGUUGUGAGCCCUGCCAAAUUGAGGGUGACCUGCACAAAUUACUGUACCUGAAUGCACCCUUGUAGACUCUGGCUAGAAUGAGGCUAAUGUGCUUCUAUCGCUAUACGCUCU